AUUCCUCUACAUACAGCUUAGCGAUUGAAAUUCUGUGGCUUGACUGAAAGUAGCCCGCAAGUUUGAAUCGCUAAUUUCGAAUUCAUCGUUUAACCCUGAACAGAUUUGUUCAGCAGAGUGUUAGGUUGUUUUUUUUACUCAUUUUUUGAUCAAAAAAAUUCUCAAAGACAUGAAUCUUGGCCAGAAUUUGAUGCUCUUUAACAUGGUCGACUGAAUUUUUUCGUAGCUCUCCACAUGAAAAGCAAAUUUUACAGAAAACAGGGUUUUCAGCUGGAAAGUUGGAGAUUUUCGGAUCUCUUUUCUUUGUUUUAGAACUUAGCCAUUUUGUACUUUACAAAAAUCUUUUACAUAUGGCUUUGUAGCGAAUUGAAUGACGAUUCUGGUGGGAAAAAAUUGACCCGAUCAGAUUUAAACUGACAGAGUUAUAGAGGAAACAAAAUAGUCCGUUUUAUUCUGCGCCACCCGUUAAAAUUGUAUUUGUUAUUGACGAUAUAAAAAUAGCUUAUACUCAAAGAAAUAUAUUACAAAUAUUAAAAACAAUAAUAAAAUCAAACUUAUUGUUAAUAAUAAAUAAAGUUAAUGAUUUAGAACGAAGUACGGUUAUGCAUAUGAAAGUCAUAAAACAGACUUUUAUAUUGACAGUGUUCAAUAUAAAACAUCAAUUACAAAUAUAAAAGGAAUUAUUAAGAAAUAUAACAACGGUGAUUUCAAGUAUGAAUUAAAUCAAAACCAUAUUAAUGUUAUAUUAAAUGGUGAUCCAGAUUUUAUAUUAAAGUAUUAUAAAAGUUUAAAUUUUGAUGGUUAUAGGCAGAAAUUAAAAAACAAAUUAAUGAUGGUUUAAAUGAAAUUGUUCAUAUUAGUUGUAAUAUUAAUUAUGAACAUUGCAAGAUUUGUAAUCAAGAAAUUAUCGUUCAAGUAUGUCCAGCACCAAUUGAGGGUGUUUUAAGGGGUGUAAACAAAUUCAAGAUCAUGAGCAUGGUAUCAAUAGCAUUUGCUGCUAACGAUGCUGAAUCACUAGAACGCGUUAAUAAACAUGGUGCUCGUAAAGUAAUGUUAAAAUAUCUACUAACCAUAAAUUCAUUUACCGAUCAACGAUUAUCCAAUCUCAUAUUAAAAUGUUUUCAAACAUUAACAAAUACCACGCAGGGUAUCAAUUGGAUUACCGUUCAGCAAAAUUAUGAUAUAUUAAAAAAAACUGACAUGUAUAAGUUCGAUCUGACAGCCGAUAAACUGUACGGGUCCUACUGGGAGCUCAACAUUGAAUCGACCAUAACCGACCCAAAAUCAAAACAAACAAGAAAACUACUCAAUACUUAUCGAGAACUAGGCUUUAAAUUAGAAGAAUUGAAAGUCUAUUUUAAUCAUGUUCAGAUCGAUAACAUACCGUAUGCAAGUUCAUCAUCACCAGGUUUCGCUGAUCAAGAUGCACAAGUAAAUAUGAGACAAUUUCCAGUUAGUACACGAAAAAAUUCAGGACUAAUCCAUGCAGAGAAAACAAAAUUGGAACAGGCUAUUUUUAAAGUACCACUAGGAAAGCAAGUUAUUGUACUCGACUUUACUAAUGACAGAAUUCCAGGAGGCUCGUUUUUGUAUGGUGGUACAGGUCAAGAGGAAUCGAUCUGUUACAAUUCUGAUGUCUACCGUGCACUUUUGGAUUUCAAAUAUAAAAAAUUCAGUGGUGGCUUUAUGAUUCCCGAAUAUGGUGUUCUCUACAUAAAAAACGUCACAUUCUUUCAUCCUCAACAACAACGCUUGGAACGAAAGAUCGAUGCUAUCGCUACUUCUUGUUACGAUUCCACUAAAAAAGACGGUCUCUAUCUAUUACCUGCAAAACCCAUCGAAAAUAUACGUAAAAAGAUUCGAACGUUGAUUCGUGCCGCUCAGGCUAAUUCGGAUGGUAAUGGUUCUAAUACGUAUUUGUUAUUGGGAUCGAUGGGAACGAGUGCAAAUAAAAAUGAUAUAACGAAAAUUGCAUUAUUAUUUGCUGAAGAAUUACAGUCACCAUUGAAUAGGCAUUUGAGAACACAACAACGUCAUACAUUUGAACAAGUCUGGCUUGUAACAACAAAUGAAGAAAAUGCAAACAUCUUUCACCAAUGUUUCAAACACGUAAUCGACAAUGAUACUUCGAGAUCAGAACCGGAAAAAACAGCAUAA